CAUAUACGCAAUAAAAAAUUAUAUGUAAUAAAAAAAAUGAUAACUCGAAAAAAUAAUACAAAUAAAAAUCGAUAAUUACGUUUUUACGUUACCAUUGAUGUGAUAACACCUUAAUGUUGUGUUGUAAAAAGGCAUUAAGAAAAAUAUUCUAUGAUAAAUCAAUUGGCUAUGUCGAAUUUAAGAUAUUUUAAAUAAGAAUUUAAUAUCUCGUGGCAUAUAUGUGAAGCACAGGAAAAAUUAUAAUACAUACAGAUAUUUACAAAAAAGAAAUUCAUUGGUAUGAUUGGCAUUUAUAAUAUGACAGAUCAAUAUUUAUUUAACUAAGAUGUCUCAAAUCAAUCAAGGACAAAAGUGCGGAGAAACAACAGAUAUUUUAACAAGAUAUCAAAUUAUAUCUAACAAACUUAAAAAACGUUUUCUGAGAAAACCUAACGUCACAGAAGCCAGUGAUCAGUUUUGUGCCUUGGCUGUUGAAUCCGAACAGAAGGAAUUAUGGCAAUAUGCGGGUUUAUGUUAUUUAGCAGCAGCUAGAUGUCAUGGAACAUUAAAAAAUACUUCUUCUGAAAUCAAUCUCCUGAUAAAAGCUGGCAGACAGUUUCUAACUGCUGAGAAAAAAAAUAAUGAUAUUGGGUGUCCUUCUUUAGGGCAAGAAAACAUGCUGGCUGCUGUUAGCUGUUUUAGUCAUUCUUCAUUGCGUUGCAGUAAUCAAAUGGGAUUUAAUACAUUAUCGGCAGGACUAGCAAUAGAAUUAGCAUUAUCAUUGGGUGCUAAUUCAGCUGGAAUUCAACAAUUACGGAAAUCGAUUGAUACUUUCCCAACUCCAAAAGCUAUUAAUACUUUAAUAUCUUUUUAUAUUGAACAAGGCGAUUAUGUCACUGCUUUAAAUGUUCUCAAUGAAUUCGUGGAAUUUGUAAAAGCUUAUAUCAAUAUUGGUAUAAGAGGCAAUUACAAUGUUAUUUUACGUCGAUGUGAAAUAACUAGAGUUCUUUUACUUUUGAUUCUUCAACCAUCACCUAAAAGACUAGCACCGUCGUUGGUGCAAGUUUUAGAGAAGUAUGCAUGGAUUGAGGAAGGUACAAACAAUGGUCUGGAUAUGAACGAGGAUGAACUUUUAUUACUGCAAUCAUUGGUACUUGCGUGUCAAUCGCGAGACUUUCAAAUAUUAUUUGAAUUAGAAGGUGAAUUAUGGCCAUAUUUAAAUGCAGAACAAAAGGAAUUAUUGUACAAGUUAAUUAAAGUAUUGACAUUACAGUGAAUAUGUUAUAAUUAUCUAUAAAUAUGUAUAUAAUUAAUAUUUAAUAAAAUCCCAAUUUUUUUUA